UUACUUUUCUUUGCUCUUCUGAUCGUCUCGUCUCUCUCUUCUCCUUCUCUUCUCCUUCUCCUCCCUCUUCCCUCUCUCCUCCAUCUCCUCCCUCCUCUCCCACGCGUCUUCUCUCCUACUCCCCCUUCUUGGAUCUCCCCCAUCUCCCCCGCCCCCUGAAUACCCCUGCAAAGCUCCGUGGGAGACGGAAUCCGAGUUCCAAUGCUGAUCCGGCCGGUGCUUGGUAGGCCAACCGCGAAGAUGGCGGGCCAGCUCGCCUUCGUGGUCCUUCUGUUCGCCGUGGGCUACGUCGCGUUGACGGAAAAUGCAUACACGCCUGCGUCGCCAGCCCAGCUGUUCAAGAGGUAUUUCUCAGAGCCACAGCAACCGCGCUGCCGCACUUUCCCCGGUGAUGCCGACUGGCCAACCGCUGAAGAAUGGAGCGAGUUCAACAAGACGCUGGGCGGAAAGCUCAUCGCGACAGUCCCAAUUGCUAGUGCCUGCCAUGUGGACCAGUUUACGCCUUACAGCCAGUCAGAGUGCGCUGCCGUCCAGAACGUGUGGGGUUACCCGGAAACCCAUUAUCAGACCUCUUCUUCCGUCAUGUCCGCAUGGUAUGCCAACCAGAGCUGUGAUCCGUUUACUUCCAAGGACGCCCAAUGCGUCGUCGGCACCUACGUCCAGUACGCUGUGAACGCGACCUCGGCCUUGGACUAUCAAAACACCAUCGCAUUCACCAAGGCCCACAACAUCCGUCUAGUCAUCCGUAACACCGGGCACGACUACAAUGGCAAAUCCACCGGCGCGGGUGCAGUGGCCAUUUGGACUCACCACCUGAAAGACAUGGAAAUCAUAGAUUACAACUCGCAAUUCUACACCGGAAAGGCGAUCAAAGUUGGUGCCGGCGUCCAAGGAUUCGAGGCUGACGAGAUAGCUCAUGACAACGACGUGAUGGUGGUGACGGGCAACUGCCCUACUGUCGGAAUUGCAGGUGGUUAUACGCAGGGGGGUGGCCACGGGCAGCUCGUGUCCGCCUUUGGCCUCGCGGCAGACCAGGUCCUCGAAUGGGAGGUGGUCACUGGAACAGGAGAGCUUGUUACCGCCUCGCAGUCCAACAAUUCGGACUUGUAUUGGGCUCUGGCUGGCGGCGGCGGCGGCACUUAUGGCGUGGUGCUGUCCAUGACGAGCAAGGUGUAUCCAGAACGGCAGACUGCUUCGGCUAACCUGACUUUCCUCAACACGGGCGUGACACAGGAGACAUUCUACGGUGUAGUCGAGACCUUCGUCACCACUCUCCCUUCAAUCUUGGACGCAGGUGGCGUGAGCAUCUGGAUGCUGUUGAACACGACCUUUCUCAUGACACCUACCACUAUCCCUGGAGGCACAAAGCAACAGCUGCAGUCGCUGCUCGACCCAGUAAUCAAAGAGUUGGAAGCAAACAACAUGACGUACAUAUACAACAUCGAUGAGUUCUCGACAUACUACGACGCCUACCAGACGAUGAACCCGCCUAGCAACGUGACCGAAUACCAGCUCGGAGGUCGACUGAUUCCGCGCUCUAUUGUCGAGUCGAAUUCGUCGGCUCUAGUCGCUGCGAUGCAGAACGUCAACAAUCAGGGGGCCGUCAUCUCGGGUGUCUCGGUCAACGCGACCCAGAAACCUGGCUAUCCCAUCAACGCAGUAAACCCGGUAUGGCGUACUGCAGCCAUAGAUUUGGUCUUCGGCACGCCGUGGAGCUACUCAGACUGGGACACCAACGUUGCCAACCGGAGAAUCAUGACAGACGAGCUCCUUCCGCCCUUCGAGGCCAUGACCCCGGGAGGGGGCGCAUACCUUAACGAGGCGGACCCGAACCAGCCGGACUUCCAAUACACGUUCUACAACGAGAACUACGCGGUACUGCGCACUAUCAAGGACAAAUACGACCCAGACCACAUCUUCUACGCCGCCACGGGAGUCGGAAGUGAGUACUGGACCGAGAUGGAGGACCACAGGCUGUGCCGGACGUUCUGAGAGAUCGAAGUCCCCUC